GAGCCCUCUACAGGGACGUCAUGCAGGAGAACUACGAGACGGUGACCUCGCUGGGAUUUCCCAUUCCUAAACCUGAGCUUAUCGCCCGGCUGGAACGAGGGGAAGAGCUGUGGGUGUCCGAUCUCCAGGAUUUCAAGGACAGAAGGCUUCAGAGAUGCACCAGCACAGGUGCUGAGCGAGGGAGUGAGAACAAGGAGGGGAAUCAUCAUGAGGCAGCUCCUGGGGAAGUGGAACCACAGGGGACCUUUUUGGGAAGAGCUGAAGGGAAUUUUUCCCAUUGCUGGAAUCAGGGAGAAGCCUGGGGAAAUCGGCACAGGUCAGAGAGGCUUCUGAUAAACCAGCCCAGGAAGAAAGUGGAUGAAUCUAUUAAUGGUGGGGGAGGAGACGAGAAUCCCAGAGAGCAGCAGACAAAUCCCAAGGAAGAGACACCCUGGCACUGCCUUGAGUGUGGGAAAGGAUUCAUUGUGAGAUCACAACUUGUUACACAUCAGACAGUUCAUACGGGAGAGAAACCAUUUCAGUGUUUGGACAGUGGGGAAAGCUUCAGUAAGCACACAGAUCUUAAUAACCAUGGGAGAAGGCACACUGUAGACAAGCCCAUUCAAUGCGUUGAAUGCGGGAAAUGUUUCAGUUCAAAGUCAGCACUAAAUUCACAUGAGAAAAGCCACACAGGAGAGAGACCCCACAAGUGCUUGGACUGUGGGAAAAGUUUCACAUGGAGGAGGGCGCUUGUUAGACAUCAGAAAAUCCAUACAGGAGAGAGACCCCACAAGUGCUUGGACUGUGGGAAAAGUUUCACAUGGAGGUCGGCGCUUGUUAAACAUCAGGUAAUCCACACAGGAAAGAGACCCCACAAGUGCUUGGACUGUGGGAAAAGUUUCACAUGGAGGACGGCGCUUGUUAGACAUCAGAAAAUCCAUACAGGAGAGAGACCCCACAAGUGCUUGGACUGUGGGAAAAGUUUCAUAUGCAAGGCAGAUCUUGCUCAUCAUCAGGCAAUCCACACAGGAGAGAGACCCCACAAGUGCUUGGACUGUGGGAAAAGAUUCAUACAAAGGUCACGCCUCGUUCUACAUCAGGCAAUCCACACAGGAGAGAGACCCCACAAAUGCUUAGAUUGUGGGAAAAGUUUCAAAAGAAAGUCAUACCUUGUUCAUCAUCAGGCAGUCCACACAGGAGAGAGACCCCACAAGUGCUUGGAUUGUGGGAAAAGUUUCAUAAGAAAGCCAAACCUUAUUCAACAUCAGGCUCGCCCUCGUAAGCGAAGCCGCACUCCUUCCCUCGGACAACUCCAGCCGGCAUCCGGCGCCCGAUACAACAACCCAUUGCGACGAGCAAUGACCGUGUCACUAUGGUCACGGUCCACCGCCCUUUUGGGUCACCUGGCAGUCACAGAUGCCGAGGUUGCGCGACGAUCCGGAAAGAGUCCUACAGACUAUCCGUUCAGUCUUUACGGCCUUUAA